AUGUCAUCGUCAUCGUCCAUUGAACAACAACAUCAAGAAUUUAAACGACAAAUGUCGGCUCAUGAUACUUAUCCAUGUUUUCUUUUGGAUCAAACUUUUCAACAGCGUAUUUCAACUCCUUCAUCCAAUGCGAUGCCAUCAUUUCUAUCGGCUCAAGCAUUUUCUCCAUUAGCAAAGAGUCCCAUGCCCACAUUGGCAACAAAUGCAAGUCGAUUAUCAGCGAAACAAUCGAAUCAGAGUCGUUUAUUUGCUGCAAGUCCAUCGAGUAAUUUAACUUCUAAUCGGCCAACAACACGUUCGACCACACAAAUCGUUGACGUACCAACGGAAAAAACCAUUGUUCCAUUACGAACAAUGACAGAUGUGUUUCCUGCUUUCUCCUACACAGAUAUGAAGACAACAAAGAAGAAGUCUUUGAAUUAUUCGAUGAAUAGUGCAAAUCAAAAGCCGUCAGGUGCCACAGGCGUGUCAGUAUUUGGCUUUCGCGAGGAAGAUAUAGAACUAAUAAUUCAGCAAUUCCACGAUAUCGGUCAAAUUGACAAAAUUGAACGUCCACUAGGCUGUGAAAGUGGUAAUUUCCUCAACAUAACUUAUACUAGUCAUGUCUCCUGUCAAAAUGCUCUCAAUCGAGAUGGAGUCAACUUCAAUGGAUAUAUGAUCGGCGUUGUACCAUUAAUGACAAAUUAG